CUGUUGCAGCAGCACCGAGAUCUGAACAGAGAACAAGGAAGCAACAUGUGCUGACCAUAAUAACUCCAACAAUCAGCAUACACAGCCACGAGACGAGGGACGAAGCGCCGAGGACACUCACCGACCGCUGGGUAUCUACAGACUGGACACUUUUGUAUCUCACCAUGAAAAGAGAGGUGACGGCUGGAGUCAACUUCCUCAAACGUCUGGCUGUGGCACGUGGCAAGCUCAGUGAGGCCAAAGCAGAAUUGUUUGCUGAGAAACUACAGAAAAUUUUAUGUGACAGAUAUGACGACCACUGGUACCCAGACUGUCCCAGCAAAGGCCAGGCGUACAGAUGUAUCCGGAUAAACAAUGUAGGGCCUUGUGAUGGAGCGAUUCUGAGGGCAUGUGAGGAGAGUGAGCUCACACCAGGUGAACUAGGCCUUCCGCGUGAGAUCACACUGUGGAUCGACCCACUGGAGGUGUGUGCAAGAUCUGGAGAGAACGGCAGGCCCUUCACUGUAGCCUGUUUUGAAGAGGAUGGCGCGGAGGAGAAACAGGCUGACUCCUCGGUGGACUCACUAAAUCUGGACACGUCAGAUUACCACUCUGCUACCUCCUCGGAUUGCGGUUCCACUGCGUCGAGUGACACGGAGGAGGAGGCGAAAGAUGUCGAGACGGAGGGGGAGCAAGAAAAAGAAGAAAAGGAGGUCGUCAAGCAGGAAUCAGCAGAAGGCGACACCUACACGAUAGCAAUGGUGCCCAGGAUUCGAAAGCGAUUCGCAGAAGGACCAAAUAAAGUCAAAUACGUCAGAAAAAUGAUCCCUGCCAGCCUCCAGUACUUCUACCACCCUGCACCAGUUUGGCCCCAGUACAAGAAAGGCGCUCCAGUGUUUCUCAACGCAGUGUGCGCACCUCCACCACCUCCACCCCCACCCCAGCAGGUAUUUGGCUACUACAUCUUGCCGCAGCCGUCUCCGCAGUUCAUUCUGCCUCAAGCCACUCUGCAGCCGUGGGGAGCGGUGAAGGGUUAGACCGUCCAGGAAGUGUGGGGUGACGGUGUAUAGAGCGUUACACGCUCCUUCAACUGAGCCAUGUUGUGUCAGUCCUCUGAGUUCAGCUAAACUUGGGCCAAAAAAGAACUUUAUUAACUGCAUAGCUCAAAGUUAUUCUUUCAGCAACCUGUAAUGAUUCCUCUUUUUUGUUCAUUCGUGGUGACUUGUAAUUGAUGGCUUAUUAUCGGCGCUGAGAUGCCUCUGAACUUGAGUGAAAACUGUUUUCUUUUUAAUGAUCUGUCAGGUCUGCACUGCUAAUUCUUUGUACGUACCUUCCACUUUAAGAAUGACUUCAAUCACUGGGUGCUUGGACUAACUCAGGAACUCUCAGCAAUAUCCAUAAUACCAAAUAAUUGUCUUAUCAGGUGUAACUUCUGUUGUGAUGUCAAUCUCUGUCUGGUCUCUCACCAAAUAUGGUCCAAGGUGUGUACGUCGGUUCAUCAAUGUAAAAUGUGAUUCAGGGGUUUAAUCUAUUGUAGCUUGAGUGACAAUAUCUGUAUAUUAAGAAGAAUAUUUUUACUAAACUGCUUGUAAAUAAUACAGAACUUGGAUACUAUACUGAUGCACACUUUCUAAUCUCACCGUCUUGUUGUUGUAAUUUAUUUGGCCACCAGUGGGUGGCACUCAACUCAUAGCUAACACAUGAAACUGUAUAUUUUUAUAUUAACAGUGGCUGCUGUAUUUUGCAAAUCACAGAGCACAAACAUGAUUUUAAAUAGCUUGAACUCUCUGCUGUCAGUAUAAUGUAUAGAUAUUCACUUGUGUCUGUUUUAUGGCCUGUUUGAAGCUGUGUGUUUUUAAAGUUUUUAUUGUAAAUAACUUCACUUGCUAUGAAAGUCUGCUGCAGCUAUAUAAAUCCUGAAUUCACUCACUGACUGUUAUGUACUGUGAUUAUUUAAUUAUGUCGAUCCAUAUUUAUUUAAUGCCCAUGCAACCUGGAAGCUCAUCUGUGUGCUUUAAGCAUUGUUUCGCGUUCACUUUUUGCAUCAGGCAUUUGCCUUCUGAUUGCAGCAGAUUAAAUCAACUCAUAUUUUAAAUCAUAA